CUGCCUAGUUUUAAAGUGGAACUACCUAGUUUUGAUAAUACCUAAUUCUAUUUUCAUCUCAAGCCUCCACCCUCUCAAACUCAAGUCUCCACCCUCACAAACCAUCUUUGCUGUCUCGCCGUCGCCCGUGCUUCCGUUACCUCCGCCCUUGCUGCCGUCUCCCUCGCCGCUGCUGCUGUCGCCUCCGCCGCUGCUGCUGUCGCCUCCCCCCUCUUGCCGACUUCAAUCGGUUUCGGGUAGGACGUGGGUAUUUCUAUUCUGAUUUGGGACGGGUUUGGGUUCAGAACGUGUUUUCUAAUCGGAUUCGGAUUCGGAUGUCCCUAAAUGGGCAGGUACACUACCCGUUGCCAUCCUUACCUUAGUUUCUAAUCAUGUGUUGUUUGUUUGGUUACAGAGAGAGAUGGGUAGUUCAAGCAGAGACCUUUUGAAUUUGGAGCACAAAAAUCUCUCCACUACCUCUUCUCUUGAAUCCACACUUCUUCUUUGUAAUAAAAAGGACUCAGCAUCUCUUACCAAGAAACCACCGCUUGAUGGAAAGCUCAUAACUAAUCCAGUUGCUCAAAGCCAAGUUCUGGGAAAAGCAAAAGAUUUUCUUGGAGUCCUAUCUGAAGCUAAUAAGCGGUUGCAGCAAGAUGCCAAGGACAAUUCUCAGAACUAUGAUAUUGAAGUGCUGACUGGAAAUGAAUCUGAUGUCAUUGAAAUGGAUUUAAUGCUGGGUAUUGCUGAUCUUCAUACUCCUGAAGCUUUAGCUGCUGCUGAGUCUGCAAUAAAUACUGGUCGACCAUUGGCUCCUUUGGAUUCCGACAGCAGCAGCGAAACAGAAUCAGAAAGUACAAGUGAUGAUGAUGAUGACGACGACGAUGAAGCAGCUAGUGAUAACGAUAAUUAUGUUGACGACAUUAAAGCAUGCUCUUCCUUGAAGCACAAAACAUCCAAGUUUGACAAAAAUGGUUCAAGUGAAGAUGUUAAGAAAAAUGGGUCCAAAAAGCGGCCAAAAAUUGUUGAAAUGUGAUGAAACUUCUCUUAGGUUUGUAAUAUCAGGGGUAUUCAGUUAUUCAAGAGGUUCAUUUUCUGAACUUCAGCUCACAACGUCCUCUGUUUUUUGCUUUUUCUUCCUAAUCAGGGAAUCAUAUCUAUCUUUUACUCCACUGUCCACUCUACUUUUUUUAACAUUGAAUAUGAAGGAGAUUGGAUAUGGGUGUAAUCUUCAGUACUGCAAAGAUACUUUAUGAUUAUUAUUUAUUUUUGCGGUUGCAUUUA